GUGGCUGUGGUUGGAGAAAGUGCCUGGACAGGAGCAUCCUCUGCAACGGGACAUGAUAGCGGGAGCAGCUGGCACUCACAGAGCUGUGCAGGCUCCGGGACCGACCACUGCCCGCAGUCAUACAGGGAUUCCCUCUGGAAACCAGUGCUAGAGCUGCUGGUUCCCCUCCAAUCUCUCACUAAGUAGAUACAAUGCCUCCCUGGCAGCUUGUGUGCUGCUUCUCUUACCUGACUCUCACCAGCUUUGUGACCCAGGCAGCAGCCAAAGGAGUGACUGCAAGCUUAGCUGCCAAAUGGCCAGAGACCCCACUAUUGCUGGAGGCCAGUGAGUUUAUUGCAGAAGAAGGAAAUGAAAGAUUUUGGCAAUUUUUGGGAACUGUUCAAGAGAUCACAUUAUACAAAAACAAAGGUACAGAAUCUUCAUACUACAACUUAAUUUUAAAGAAAGCUGGUCAGUUUCUAACAGAUCUGCAGCUCACCUUGCUAAAAUUUGCCUUCUCAAUAAGGGCAUACUCUCCUACAGUUCAAAUGUUUCAACAGAUUGCGGCUGAUGAGUCCCCUCCAGAAGGUUGUGAAGCAUUUGUCUCUAUCCAUGGGAAGCACACCUGCAAAACAAGUCAGAUUAAAAAAAUCCUAAAGGAAGCUUCUGAAAGGCCAAGUCCUUAUUUAUACAAAGUCGAUCACAUAUUUCCAACUAUUGCCAAGAGUGUUCCAGUGGUCAUUCUUUAUGCUGAAAUUGGUACAAAACAUUUUGCUGAAUUUCAUAAACCCCUGUCUGAAAAAGCAGAGAUUGGAGAGAUAAUUUAUGUAUUUAGGCAUUAUGUGCAGCGGCCAAGUCCCCGGAAGAUACAGUUAUCUGGAUAUGGGGUAGAACUUGCUAUUAAAAGCACAGAAUAUAAGGCAAUGGAUGACACACAAGUUGAAGCUGACAACUCCACACUAAAGAAUGAAGAUGGAAUUAGUGAAGAUGUCCAAGGAUUUUACUUUGACAAAUUGAUACAAAUGUAUCCAGAUCUUAAGGAUAAUUUAGUAGAGUUUCGUAAGCAUCUUAUUGAAAGCACAAAUGAAAUGGUACCUCUGAAAGUUUGGGAGUUGCAAGAUCUGAGCUUUCAAGCAGCUUCUAAAAUUGUCUCCACACCUGCAUAUGAAACAUUAAAGGUUUUGCGAGACUUAAGUCAAAAUUUUCCUAUCAAAGCAAGAUCACUGACCAGGGUUGCAUUAAACCAGGAAAUGAGAAAGGAGAUAGAGGAAAACCAAAAGCACUUAUCUGAAACAAUUGGAAUCAACCCCGGUGAUGCAAGCUUAUAUAUAAACGGCCUCCAGGUGGAUUUGGAUGUUCAUAAUGCAUUCAGCAUUUUAGAAAUGAUUAAAACUGAAGGGAAAGCUCUUCAUGGUCUCUCUGAUCUGGGGAUAAGAAGUGAAGAUCUUGGUAAAUAUUUAAGGUUGCAAGUUCAUCCAGAAGAAGAUAGCUAUGCCUUGGACAUUCGCCAUACUGCAAUUACUUGGAUAAAUGAUAUUGAAACCGAUCACAUGUACUCAAAGUGGCCAUUGAGUGUCCAAGAGCUAUUGAGACCGGCAUUUCCUGGAGUCAUACGGCAAAUUAGACGCAAUUUUUUUAAUCUGGUUUUUUUUGUUGAUCCUGUUCAAGAUUAUGCUGCUGAUUAUAUGAAGCUUGCAGAAUUAUUCUAUCAACACAAUGUUCCUCUGAGGAUUGGCUUUGUAUUUGCUAUAGAUUCUCAAGAAGACAGUGUGACAUACAGUGAAGCAGGACCUGCGCUGUGGAGAGCCUUUAAUUAUGCUGCAGAAGAGUCUGACAUGGCUCGAGCAUUUUCAUUCUUAAUAAGUAUUUACAACAAACUGGAUGAUGGAGAAACACUUACUCUAGAUAUUGUACGGUCCGCCAUCAGAUAUGAAUUUCCUCGGGCAAAUAUAAAUCAGAUUUUGGAUGGCCAGUCAGAAUACAACCACAGGCUAACGGCAGGAGCAACCUUUUAUAAGAAGAGUGGCCUUGGUCCAUUGCCUCAAGUUCUGUUUAACGGUGUGCCCUUUAACAAUGAGGAGAUGGAUGUUGAAGAGAUGGAGACUGUUAUCUUGCAGAAGAUCAUAGAUGCCACAGGGUUCUUCCAGAGAGCAGUUUUCAUGGGUCUUCUAAGUGACCAUGCAGAUGUUGUAGAUUUUAUAAUGGAUCAGCCUAAUGUAGUAACACGAAUUAGCCCUACUAUCCUUACAAGUGAGAAGACGUUUCUGAAUUUUAUUUCAAAAUCAGUUACCUAUACUUUACAUGAAUAUGAUACAUUCUCCUAUCUGGAUUCUCAAGAUAAAAGUGCGGUAAUUGCUGACAACAUGAAAUAUGUCACAAAAGAAGAUGAGGAUGUAAUUCAUGCAGUCACCAUCUGGAUUAUUGCUGAUUUUGACAAGCCAGCUGGGAGACAACUGCUUGCUAAAGCUGUGAAACACAUGAAAAAGAGUAGUAUCACUCGACUUGGAAUUUUGAACAAUCCUACGGACAAAAUGACGGAAGAUAAUACCCAAAUAUCGCGAGCUUUGUGGGCAGCGCUUCUAACGCAGAAAAAACAUAAUAUCCUUAAAUUCUUCAGCAAACUUGCAAAGGAGGAAACUGCUGAGGCACUUGCUAGGGGAGAGAAAAUCAAAGCAUUUCUUCUUCCUGGCAUGGAUGAUGAUGCUUUUGAAAAGAAAUAUAAUACUUUGGGGAUAGACAUACUGCGUACUCAAGCAUUGUACUGCCGCAAUGUUCUUCGCUUGCAACCUGGACAACUGGCUGUGGUCAGUAAUGGCAGGGUUUUGAGUUCUGUUGAAGUUGGUGAAUUUAAUGAGGAGGAUUUCCAUUUACUGGAAAAGAUUACAUACAGUACCUCUGCUGAAAAAAUAAAAAACCUUGUGAAAAAGAGAACAUUAUCUUCAGAAAGUUCAAGUGAUUUGAUUAUGAAGAUAGAUUCCCUUCUAUCAUCAAUGCCAAAAGGAGAAUCCAGGCAAGAUAUAAGGUUCAUGAAGCAGAAAAACAGUGUGCUAAAAGUUGAACCUCCGGAAUCUGGCCCAUUCUUUGAUGUCAUGGCAGUUGUUGAUCCUCUUUCUAAAGAAGCACAGAAGAUGUCUCAUUUCUUAAUUAUUCUGGGUCGAUUAGUAAAUAUGAAGUUGACCAUGUUCAUGAAUUGUAAAUCCAAACUCUCAGAAAUGCCUUUAAAAAGUUUUUACCGUCUUGUGCUUGAGUCGGAGCCAGCUUUUUUGAAGGAUGACAGUCUUUCUCCCGGACCAUCAGCAAAGUUUCUGGAUAUGCCUGAAUCUCCCCUCUUCACUCUCAAUAUGAUCACUCCAGAAAGCUGGCUGGUUGAAGCAGUGCAUAGUUCAUGUGAUCUUGAUAACAUCCAUUUGGAAGAUAUAGAUGGAGUCGUCACUGCAAAUUAUGAAUUGGAAUAUUUGUUGCUGGAAGGACACUGCUUUGAUGUAUCUACAGGACAACCACCCAGAGGGCUGCAAUUCACCUUGGGCACAAAAAAUGUUCCUGUUAUUGUUGAUACUAUAGUCAUGGCCAAUCUAGGGUAUUUCCAACUGAAGGCCAAUCCAGGUGCAUGGACAUUACAACUACGUAAAGGAAGAUCUGAGGAGAUCUAUCAUUUAUUUUCACACAUGGGCACCGAUUCUCCAUUAGACCAAGAAGAGGUUAUUGUGGUGUUGAAUAAUUUCAACAGUAAGAUCAUUAAAGUGCAUGUGCAGAAGAAACCUGAUCAAAUACAUGCAGAUCUUCUGAGCAACGAGCCGGAGGAGAAAUCAGGAUUGUGGAAUUCUAUUAUGAGUUUUACAGGAGCUGGAAAUACAGAGGAAAAAGAAAAGAAAUCUGACAUUUUAAACAUUUUCUCUGUUGCAUCUGGGCAUUUGUAUGAACGGUUUCUAAGAAUCAUGAUGCUCUCCGUUCUGAGACAUACAAAAACACCAGUGAAGUUUUGGUUUUUAAAAAACUAUCUCUCCCCCACAUUUAAGGAAAUCAUUCCCUACAUGGCAAAGGAGUAUGGAUUCCAGUACGAAUUAGUACAGUACAAAUGGCCUCGGUGGCUUCACCAACAAUCCGAGAAACAGAGGAUUAUUUGGGGCUAUAAAAUUCUUUUCCUGGACGUACUUUUCCCACUUGCUGUAGACAAAAUCAUCUUUGUUGAUGCUGACCAGAUUGUAAGAACUGAUUUAAGAGAACUUCGAGAUUUCAACCUUGGAGGGGCACCAUAUGGUUACACUCCUUUUUGUGAGAGUCGCCGAGAAAUGGACGGUUACCGUUUCUGGAAAUCUGGAUAUUGGGCUUCACAUCUCGGACAUAGAAAAUACCACAUCAGUGCAUUAUAUGUGGUGGACUUAAAGAAGUUCAGAAAAAUUGCGGCUGGGGACCGACUUCGGGGACAAUAUCAGGCACUCAGUCAAGAUCCAAACAGCUUAUCUAAUUUGGAUCAGGAUCUACCGAAUAACAUGAUCCAUCAAGUGACUAUAAAAUCUCUUCCCCAAGAAUGGCUGUGGUGUGAAACAUGGUGUGAUGACAAAUCCAAGGAAAAAGCCAAAACAAUUGACUUGUGCAACAACCCCAAAACGAAAGAACCCAAAUUACAAGCUGCAGCACGAAUUGUGCCUGAAUGGACACAGUAUGAUUCAGAAAUAAGGCAGCUGCUGAAAAACAUUGAAGAACAGAAGAAAAAUGGAACAAACCAGUCAAAAAAUGAUAUGAAACAUGAUGAACUUUAGCGGGCUUCAGUGUUAAGAAGAAUUAAUUCUCCACAAUUGGAAAGUUCAGGAAGACACUUGAGGCUUGUUUGACUUGAUAUUUAAAGCAUUUACAUGUGGACAUCAUGUUCAAUAGAAUGAGCAACAAAUUACUUGAUACAAUUAUUUAAAUUAAGUGAUCAUAAAUAUUCAGGAUUUUGUUUUCCGUUUUCCUUGUGUAGAAUGUUAAUAUAGCAAUACUGGGCUUAUGUUUUAAAAUGGAACAAUCGCCGUAGAAAUUAAGACAAUUUAGCCAUUGCUUGGUAGAGCAGUCUGCAUGGGAACCAACAGAAUGUUCCUGCUGUUUGCUCAACAUUUAGAACUUUGUACCAGAAUUGCUCUUAAUAAUACAAAUUUGUUCCAAGCUCGCGCAUGUAGGCAAUCCUUGUUUUUCAGACUUUUUAAAACAAUCCUGUCCUAUACUGCACAGAUUUUGUUUUUAUUGCUUUGUUUACAUACACUGGACUUUUAGGAUGCAGCCACCCUUUUAUUAAAAAAAAAAUAAAAUAAAAAAGGAAAUCUUUUGUAACACUAGGUAAAAAUAUAAUAUUAAAAUUGAUAUGUACAGAACAGUCUACAUGUAUAUUUACAGAAACAUUUUGGAUCUUGGUUAAUAAUGGGUGGGAUAAUACUGGGACAAACUUUAUUUGGUAGCAAAGUAUAGUUCAGUUAGAAAAUACAUGCAAGCAAGCAUAAACCUUCUGCGAUAAGGAUCUUGUGGCUAAACUGUCCAUGGACCUCCUUAAAUGACUGUUAAUGAUCACGUUAGUUGAAUCUAUUCCACACCGAAGAGCCAUUUGCAACAAUUCAAUGUAUAUGUAAAUGGUUGUUUAUAUGUAUGUAUGUGCGUGUAUAUAUAUCUUUUUAACCAUCAUAGUUCUGUUAAUGCAUAUAUAUAUAAAUACACAGACUGUAGAAAUUAGUUUCAUAGUCUUACACAAUUUUGAGUUUAUAAAUAUUUGUAAGAACACAUACCUUCAAAUGAAACACUUACUUGUAUAAAUAGUAUGUACACUUGGCUGCCAUCUGUAAAUGUCUUCAACGUAUGAAGCUCACUAUAUGAACAUCAAUGUCCUACUACUGUGCACACAAAAAGCUGUAGAUCUAUAU